UUUCAUUUUUCCACUUUAUGAUAAUGUCACAACUUAAUAAAAAUAUUUUACUAUUAGCAAAUACAAUUAAGUACAUUAAUAUUUAAUAAUAAUUUUUUUACUAUCUAUCCUACUAUUAAUUUUCAUACCUUGUAAAAAAAAAAAUGAUAAUCCAGGAACCGACCCAAGUAAGUACCUAGUUUAUUUAAGAACUUUAUUUUAUUUUUAUAAUUACAAAUUCUUUGUUAAUUUAUUAUUUGUUAACAUUAUUAUUGGGUUCAUUUAAAAUACAGAUAAAAUCUAUUAGUAUGUUGAAAAAAUAAUAAUUUCAGAAACAAUUUGUUUUUAUUAUGUAUAUAAUACAUUAAUUUACUGUACAUAUAUACACAAACUAUAUAUAUUUUGUAUUAUAUACAUAAAGUACUGAUGUUUUAAAAAUAAAACAAUUAUAAGUAUACCCACCUAAUCCUUAAAGUUGUAUUUGUUUAUGUUUACAUGUACCAUAUUUAUCAUUAAUGUAAAAUCUAAUAUCAUUUUUAUUCUAGGUUAAUGUGUUUUAUACACAUAUUUUUAAAAAUUAAGUAAACUUAACCAGCUAGUUCAUUGUCUGGUAUAUUUAUAAUAACCAACAAUUAUUACUUAGUCAUUAAAUUAAUUAAAUAGGUACUCUGAAAAAUAAUAUUUAGGUUCUUAUUCUUAUCAAAUAUACAUUUAAAAAAAAUAUGGCAAUUAAACAUAUUUGUUUUUAAAGUAUAAAAACCAUUUCAAGAUUUUUCAAUUUUAUUAGAUACUUAUAUAAAAGUACCUAUUUAAUUUUGGAAAUUAUAUAAAUUGAGGUAUUAUAGUGUGGAGAAUCAAUUAAGAAACAAUUAUGAUGUAGUCAUAUUAUUAUAAGUGUAUGUAUUACUUAGGUGUAUUAAUUCAUUUUAAUAUUUGUUAUUCUUUUUUACAGGCUGCAAUUUGGCAUUGUUUAAAUCAUUAUGCCUAUUCAGAUGCAAUAUUUCUUGCAGAAAGAUUAUGUGCAGAAUGUAAUUAUUUAUUCUUAUAAUAAUUAUUUAGUAAUAUUUACUAUAAUACAUGUUAACAUAUCAUUUUAAAAUUGGGUAUAAAUAACAUUUUCUGCAUUCUACAACAAUUUUUUUAAAUAUAAUGUUUAUUCUUUAUAUGACAUUUUACUUUCAUUUUAAUAAUUUCAAAACUAAAUCAGUUAUAUCGAAGUUUUAGGAUAAUUUAAGUGAUAUAGUUCACAGGUAGGACAUUAUUGUAGGUGGGUAGUCAGGAAAGUAAGAAUAUACAAGGUAGUUAUGAUUAUAUAUUGUAUGUAACAAUAAAUCACUGAAAAAAAAACUAUUCUGAGUAGUGGUAGUCUUGAUUUUACAUUAUUGCUAAUGGAACCCAGAAAUAAAAACAAACAAAAAUCAAGGGUGAGUUGCUGAAAAUUUUGAUAAAUGGUUCAAAUAAAGUACCACUAAGUAAAAACACAUGCUCUUUUGAGGUACUGUAUGAACAAAUUGGAACAUUUGUUAUCCAUUAAAGUAUUUAAAAAUAAAACAUAAAGUCUGCUUUUUUUAAAGUAUGACAUUAACAAAUCGGACAUUUUAAGAAUCAAAAUAAUGUUUUCUAAAAAAAAAAACUUCUUAAUUCAACUUUCAAUUUCUUUACUAACCUUAAAAUCUAAUAUGAAUAGCAAAUAUUAUGAAUUAUUAAAUAUUUCCAUCAUAUUUAUUUAAAUUUAUAACACUGAAAGUUAAAUUAGUUUUGUAAUAUUACAGUAAUAAUAUCCUUAAUAAAACACUGUAUAAUAUAUUAUCAGGGCUUAUAAAACUCAUUUAUAUUCACUGAAAUUAUAAAACUAUGCUCUUGAAAUGUGUGUAAUAAACAAAUCAGUUUAUUAAAAAUUAAUUUUAUAAUUUAAAUUGUAUUUAUUUUAUUAUUUAAAGUAUAUUGAUGGAUUAAGUAUACACUUGUAAUAGCUGGGGGUUGGCAGUGGUAGUGAUAACAUUGUUUCCGUGGUACUGCCAUAAAACUCACCAAAUCGAUAGUCAUAUAAGAAUAAAAUUGAACCGAAAAAAAUUCUACCAAAAACUUUGCUCAGAUUAUCAAGUAAAGCACUUUUUCUAAUAGUAAAUUUGACUGGGUUGGUACUUUGAAACGGUAAUUUUUUUGAUUUUCCCUUGGGUUUUCAUGAGAAAUGGGAAAAUUUACGGAAUGUAUUAUUUUGAAAUCAAGUAUUACGGACUUUUAAUACAUGUAUAAUUGAACUCAAUCGUUUUUUGUUAGCAAUGUGCAAUGAUUUAUCAUUGCAUACAGCUAUAUAAUUUCUCACCUACAACAAUGGCCCACCAUUCACAUUGUGUGAAUUAUGUCUUUUUUUUUUAUUACUAUUGUUAUGAAAUUGAUCUCUUCCUCACUUAGCAUGUUUUUCUAUAUACCAAAAAAAAAAUAAAAAAAAUAUGCAAUCACAUGAAUUUAUGAUUCCUGUAUUUAUUCCUGUAUUAUUCCUGUAUUCCUGUAUUUAUUUAAACAAAUUAAGUUAUUAUAUUUUAUGUUACCUUCAAUGUUAUAAGUAAGUUAUAUUUAUAAGUUAUCAUUUAUUUAAAUACAUUUUGUAGGAAUGUAAUUUUUAACAAAUAUGUUUAUUAGUUGAUUCAGAUGAGAGCAUAUAUUUACUUGCAACUUGUUAUUAUCGGUCGGGUAAACCAUCUCAAGCAUAUUCUAUUCUUAAUGGAAAAAAAUUAGUAUCCGAAAAAUGCAAAUUUUUAUUAGCACGCUGCUGUUUUGAUCUUCACAAGUAUGUAUACUUUUUACAAUUUUUGUAUUUAAAUUCAGUACUUACUUAUUUUAGUUAGUAAACAUUAAGUAAUUAGUUAUUAAUUAUUAUUGUAUUCUGUUUUAAUGUGUAUUAUAUAUCUAAUUUAAAAGUUACUAAUGUUUCUGAUAUUAUAUAUUAUUUUAUUUGUUAAAUAUAAAUUGAAUAUUUGUACUUUAUAUAUUGAUAGAUUAUCUGAAGCAGAAACUGUAUUAACCGGCAAUGUAGGUGAUUUAAUAUCACCAUCUUCAUGCACAUCAUUUAUCGAAACCAUCAUCUCUGAUUAUGGGGAUAGUGCUCCUUUUGCUUUGCAACUUAUUAGUCACAUAUGGUGGCGUUCAGAAAGAUCACAUUUAGCUGCUGAGGCCUGUCGAAAGGCUUUAUAUUUAAAUCCUUUUUUGUGGCAAUCAUUUCAAGAUCUAUGUGAUAGAGGUGUUAAGCCUGAUCCUGAACCCACUAAAAUAUUUAAAGUAAAUUAUUUAAAAUCUUAGAAAAUAUAAUAUAACUAGUUAAAAUAUUUUUAUUCUACUUUUAGGUCGACCAUUUAGAUAAUUUCAAUAAGUGCUUAGGAUCAAAUUCGCAUGUCAAUUCAUCACCAUUGUCAACAUAUAAUAUUUCAUACGAAUCAUUAAAUACAUUUAAUAGGUAAGGUUUUAUAAUUUCAGCGAUUGUUAUAUAGUUUAAGUAAAUUUGAUUUCAGCUACUUUCAAUUCAGAAUAUUCAUUUAAGGAUCUUAUUUACUAUUUUAAAAUGCCACAAAAUAUAUGUUUCUUUCUCAGGUUUAAAAAGAAAAUAUAUUCCAUUUAAUAUGCACAAAAAUAAUUUAUCAUACUGAAACCUAUGUUUAAUAAUGUACUAUUAUUAGUGUCUAUUACAAAGUGUUCAAUUUAUCUGUCUACUUGACCUACUAAUUAUAUUAAUUUAAAGUGUUAGUUUCGCUAAAUAGAGAAAUAAAAGUUGAUAUUUAAUUUCAAAGUACAAAAUAAGAAUGAUAUUUUAAAAAAAAGGGAUCCUUGAUUUUGUAAUGUCAGUAGUCAGUACAGUAAAAUCUCUUAACAACGAAAUUAAUCGGGACCAACAAAUUAAUCUGUUAUAGAGAGGACGAAAGAAAAAUUGAAGUUUCUAAAAUCUAUACAUGUAUUAAAAAAAGUUAUAUUUUAGGUAUUUAAAUAUUUAGUACAAUGUAAAUUUAUACUUUAAGAUUAUAAUGGAUACAUUUAUAUUUAAAUAUGUUUUGUGUGUAUUAAAUAUAAAUUCUAAAAAUUGAAACAGAAAUUGGCAUAUUUUAUGGCUAAAUGCUGAUAAACCACUCACUCAAACUUUUUAUCAAUUUUUUCAAAUGAAAGAGUUUUUAUUCUUUACCAAGUUUAUGCUAUUCACCCAUUUAAGUUUUUCCACAUUAAAAACAAUACAAAAACAAACAAAAUCACAAUGAUAAAACAAAUGCGAACAUUGCAUGUUCACUAAAUGAUAUAAAAUAAGAAUACUGAAUAGUUCACAUUUUCAAAAUUAUGCUAUAGUUAAUGUAUCUUAUCUUUGUUGUACUAUAAGUCUACACUUUGCUUAUAAGAGGUUUAAUAAAUCAAUAUAACAUCAAACUAUAUUAAAGCUAACGACAAAGUUUAUAUAAUGUUACUUACAAUAAAUUACAUAAUAUGUAUGUAUAUAUGUCAUCAUCUUUAGUUUUAUUUUCCAUCAUAGAGAAUAUUUUUACUAAUUGGAUUAAAUAAAUGUUUCCGUUUAGUAAAGGUUCUGCAAUCUCUAUUGGAUGUCUCUACAUCCGUUUCACUACUAUUUGUACAAUUGACUAUUGACAUUUUCCGUUUUAACGAGGAUUCUGUCUUAUAGAAGUCCGUUAUUGAGAGGUUUAACUGUAUAUGAAAAAAAAAAAACGAAUAAAUAAAAAUAUUUUUAUAAUUUUUGUGACUAAUCACUGAUUUACUAAGAAAAGGUCUUCAUAAAUAUUAUAUUUAAAUUUGUUUUAGUAGUACACCAGCUCAAAAAACGGUUAACAUGUCUGUACCUAGUAGUAAUAGUUCAAUAUCCAGUGGUAUACAACCAUUUACACCAGAUAUGAAUAAUGCUAAAGCAAUAUUUGUUCGGCCACUAGGAAGAAAAGUGAAAGUGAUAAAUGAAAAUGCAUAUAGCCCAUUGACACCGAGGUAAAUAAAACUAUUCACUGAUGAAUAAGCCAAUGAAUAAGUAGCAAACAAGCUUUUUUAUAUUUAUUUGGAUCUGUUUCACACUUGCUCAUUUUUUUUUUUUUUUUUGAAAAAAGAGAAUAUUUUUAUGCAACACUAGUUUUUUAUUAUUGUAGUGAUAUACAAUUUUCAUUAAAUAUUUUAAUAAGCAAUUUUUAUAUAUAGUGUAUAAUUUCAAUACAUUUGGCUUUUUAGGUUUCUAAAUAUAAGUUUAGGAUACUUAAUGCAUAGUUAUGGUUCUUAUUUUGAUGAACAAUGAUAUUUAUAUUUAACAUUAUAAUUAAAUUCUAUUACAAAUGUGGUUUGACAAUGAUGUUUAUUUUAAGCAAACAAUAUGAUUAACUAACAACGAGUCUCUGUAGUUUACCGGUUUUUUAAAUUUAAAUAUGAAUAUAUUAUUCACACUAGUUGAUAUUAAAAAAUAAUUAUCAAAAUAUAAGUACUUAUAGAGUUUUAAUUAUUUGUAAAUUAAGAUAUUUAAUUUGUUUAGGUUUUUACAUAUAAGUAUAUGACUAUGAUACCAAAUUCUUUUAACAUUGUGUACAUUAAACUAUAGUUUAGUGUUCAAAAUACAUUUAAAAACUUGGAACCUAACACGUAGAGUAGACUUUUAAUUUUAAAUAAAAAAAGACUAAAAUAUAUAUAAUGUAAUGAGUUUUUUGACUAUUUUGUCAUGACUAUUUUUUUUUUGACAGAUGAAAUUUGAUAUUUGAUAAUUUUUUAUUAAGUAAUAUAAGCUAUUGUGUUGUGGAAAAAAUACUUCACAUUUUCACCAAAUACUUUUAUUUGCAUAUGUUAUUUUCAAUGUGUUUUUUUAUUUAUAUUAAGUUUUGUACAAUUUAAUAGCAUAAUAAUUAAUUUAAUUCCACCAUGUAGUUCUUAUCAAGUUUACAAUAAUAGUAAAUCUUUAUAGAAAUAGUAAGAAAUAAAUUAAUAUUUUUUAUUUGCAAAAUAGUUUUGGAGUUUUUCCUCUAGACAAUUCAGAUAAUUGUUCAUCUCAAUCAAUGGUUUUAGUUCCUUCAACUACAUUAAAUGAAACUAAUGAUCAGAAAUUUAUAUCAAAAAGAGUAAGUUUAAAUUAGUUUUACACAAAAUUUGUAUUGUUAUAACUUAUCACAUAUUAUGUUUUAAAAUAACCAAUAGAGUUCUAAACCAGUAUUUAGUCAAUCAGGGAAUACAAGUAACAUAAAUAAUUUGGGAACACAACAAGCAACUAUGCCUUCAAGUCCAAUGUCACAUGUUGUAAGACGUAGUAGUCGAAUAAUUACUAACAAUUGUUCAGUCAAGGUAUUUUUUUAUUUUUAAGUUGAUUCAUAUCAUUAAUUAUUAUAAUAUGUAUUUUCAUAAUAAUAAUACCAAUAUAUAAAAUAAAAUGUUUUUCUUUAGGAAAAUACUAAAAGUCCUAGUAAAAGGUUUGCUAGCCCAAAGUCUGCUUCCCGUAAAAUAAAAAGUGGUAUGGUUCCUAAGAAAUCAGUUUUUGCAGAUAUAAUUGAGCGAAAUCCAAAAGAACGUGGGGUUGCUGAAGUAGAAACACUGUCACUUGCUCAGCAAGCACUUAAUUUACAAAAAAAAACUACAGGUUAGUCUUAAAUAUCUUUUGUGUUGUUUUGUUUGUAUUUAAUAAUUGUAUUUGACACUUGUUUAGAAGGACUUUUGUCCCUAUUAAAAGAUAUUGGAGUAGCAUAUUUGCAGUUAUCAAAAUUUAAUUGCCGAAAAGCAAUUCAAUUAUUUCAAAGUUUACCACCACGACAAUAUAAAACUGGUUUUAUUUUGUCAAUGAUUGGCAAAGCAUACUGUGAACAGUCCGAUUAUUUACAAUCAAUAAAGUAAUAAUUAUUAUAUUUAUUAAGUUUUAAAUAAUUGAUUUUAAAUUGAAAAAUCUUUAGAUAUUUUAGUGAAGUUCGAGAAUUGGAACCAUACAGAGAUACACUAAUGGAGCUUUAUAGUACAUCUUUGUGGCACCAACAAAAAGAAGUUGCUUUAUCUGCUUUAGCUCAUGAUAUGACUUCUCUAGAUAGAAAUUCUUCAUCUACUUGGUGUGUUGUUGGUAACUGUUUUUCCCUGCAAAAAGAACACCAAACUGCAAUAAAAUAUUUCCAAAGAGCUAUACAAGUAAAUAAUUUAUAUUGUGUAAUAUUGAUUGACUUUUUUCUUUAAAUUGAAAAUUAAUAAACUUAAUUUUUUUUUAUCUUAGGUUAAUCCAGAUUUUCCAUAUGCUUACGCGUUAUUAGGUAAUGAGUAUUUAGUCACUGAAGAAUUAGAAAAAGCUAUAAUUUGUUUCCAGAAAGCUGUUAAGUUAGAUCCAAGGCAUUAUAAAUCUUGGUAAUAAAUAUUUUUUUAAUCUCAUUAUAUAAUUGUUUUUAUAUUUUGGAUUUAUCCAUUUAAGGUAUGGAAUUGGUGCUAUUUAUCAAAAGCAAGAACGAUACGAAUUAGCUGAAAUGCAUUAUAAGCGAGCUCUUAGAAUAAAUCACAGUAGUGCUUUAAUCAUGUGUCAUAUUGCUGUUGUAAGUAAUAAUAAAUUUAAUUAAAAGUUAUCAAAUUGUAUUUAUAAUCAAUAGUACUUAGUGAUAAAUUUUAGAUUUUUAGAAUGGCAAGAUAAUUUUUUUUUUAUGAUCUGUUUUGAUUAGAAAUGUAGAUAGUAAUAGUUAUGGAUAAAAUUGUUCAUCAGACAUGUCCAACACAUGGUUCGUAGCUAAUUUUUUUAAAAAAGAAUAAAAAAAAUUAUGAAACAUUAAUUUCUUGUCACAACAUCUUAGAGAAUGUUGUGUUUUUGAUAUACAUUAUUAUACUGUCAUAUCUUAUGAUAAGUUAUGAUUGAAUAAGUAUUAUUAAUGGUAGGUGUACCUGAUUUUUACAGUUACGUGCCAGUAUGAUAUGUAGAAAAUCUUAGAUUUGUGUGUAAAAUUAUUUUUAUGUUCAUUAGUCAAUUUCAUUUAUCAAUGUGAGCAACUAUUUUCAUUAAUAAACAGCAAUAAAUGACCCAUUAGAUCCAGAUUAACCAACACACAUAAAUUUAAUAUUAAAAGUGGUUUUGUCCAAUAAAUGUUUUCUUGCAGUUAGAAAGUUGGUAGCAGAAAAGAGAUGUCAAAUAUCCUCAAAAAAUAAUUAUUUAUAUAAUUUUUUUUUUCAAUUUAAAUAAACUUUAAUAAAUUAUUAAAAUGGUUAAUACUCGUAAAUAAAUAUAUAAAUAAAAAAUUAAUUAAUGAAUGCGUCACCUGGAGUAGUAUAAGUAUAUUAUGUGACCAGUUUUAAAUUAAAAAUUCAUCAUCGGGUAUAUCACAAUCAUAAUGUAAACCGCAACACACUUAUCAUAAUACUCCAGGCAUUCAUUCAUUUAUUUAUUUUUAUUUUAUAGUUUAUAAAUUAUUCAUUUAUAUACUUAUUUACUAUAUUUAAUUAAAUUGUACUUGUGUUUGUAAAGAAUAAAAUUGAAAAAUGUGUAUACAAUUUUAUUGUCUUGUUAAAUGUAUAUGCGGCCCAUAUUUGGCAACAUAUUUGGCCCACUUGAAAUGUCUGUACAAUGUACAUAAUAAUUUUUAACAUCUAGUACUUAAAAUAGAUCAUUUUAAUAAUAACCUAGUAUAGUUUUAUACAAAUUUUUAAAGAAAUGUUGUUUAAAUUUUAAAUCUGAAUGAAUGUAGUUCCCAAGCGAUUUUUGAAAUUUUUUUUCCAAAAUAUGUGUUUUUGCAUACUUAAUUUGACAGCACAAAAAAGUUGCUCAAACUUAAUUUGGAAGUUAUUAAAAAACUUCAAAGUGCUUGAUUUUUCAAACAUUGUGUUUUUGAGUUUAAAAUACCAAAAAAUUAUAUUUUUGGAAUUUACAUUAGAAUUUACUUAUUGUACUUACUCUUUAUGUUAUCGCUAAUAAACCACGUAAAACCUAAUUAUGUUAUUUCAUCAAUCAUUUUCAUACUAAAGCAACUCAAAAUUGAUUUUUUGGACUUUUUUUUUUCAAUUGGUGUGCAACAACAUAGAGAAGUUUUUGGUGAAAUCAGAACUAACUAAUAUUUUUUGGUUUGGAAGAAAUAGUGGAAAAAUGUAUCUAUUUGUAUGAAUACAUAAUCAUCAAAUUAGGUUAAGAAAAAUAUGGUUCAUUUAAUAUUAUUUUUUUUCUUACUAAAGCCAUAAUAAUUAUAAAAAAAAAAAAAACCAUUGGUCAUCAAAUAUUUUGAAGUUUUUUUAACCAUAACUUCCAAAUAAAGUUUUAACGACUUUUAUUGAAAGUACCAUCAAAUUAAGCAUAUAAAAAUAUACAUUUUGGAGAAAAAAUUACAAAAAUCACUUGGGAGCAAAACUGCAUUUAUGCCUUCAAAUCACUCAAUUGAGGGUUAAAAAAAAUAAACAUUAAAUUAUAAAAUUAAUGUUACCAUGUCUUUUUUUAUUAAUUCAUGCUUCAAUAAAAAUGCACAAAUUUCUUAUUUAUAUUUCUAAGUUCAAAUUUUAUAUAUGAGAAUGAUGUAUGUUUGUACAUCAUCACUGUGGCCUGUUUAUCUCAAUUUGGAACUGUAGGUUGAUAACAAACCAGGACCUAAUUAAAAUAAUAUAUAUGUACAAAAUUUAUUAAUAUUGAUGUUAAUCAUAUUUGAACAAUUUUAAAUAGGUACAAAACAGUAUGGAUAAACCUGAUCAAGCAUUACAUACUCUACAUAUAGCAUUGACAUUAGAACCUAAACAUCCUAUGUGUAAAUAUCAGCGUGCACAAAUAUACUCUAAACUUGGUAAAUUAUCAGAAGCACUUUAUGAACUAGAAGAAUUGAAAGAAAUUGUGCCAAAGGAAUCUCUAGUCUAUUUUUUAACUGGCAAAGUAUGAUGUGGAAUUUUGAAUUUGAUUAGUUUAUUUUUACUCAAUAUUGCUUUUAGGUGCAUAAAAAAUUGGGCAACAUACACUUGGCAUUAAUGAACUUUAAUCGAGCAACUGACUUAGAUCCAAAAGGAGCCAGUAAUCAAAUUAAAGAAGCAAUAGACCCAACAAAUAAUCAAUCUCCAUUGGAUGAUUCAGGUUAGAAUCUUAAUUCUAUAGUAAAUUAUAUUAUUUAUGUUUUAGGCCAAACGCACAUCAAAAGAGUAAAAUUUUUAUAUAUAUUAAUUUUUACUUUAGUCAACCAAAAACAAUUUUGUUUAUAUACGCGCAUACCAGUUAGUUAAGACAAGACUAGAUAAAUAAUAUUAUAGUUGUCAAAACAUCAUCUGAUGAAGUGGUUGUAAUUUGUGAUAUUCAUUUAUUUGCCGAUUUCUUCCUUCAGUUUGUCCUGGACCGUACUAUUGCUAUGAUCUUUAUGAUUUAGAUCGUAAAUUAAAGAGAAAUUUAAUGUAUUUUAAUGUACAUAAGGAUUAACCAUAGCUAAAAAAAAAAUGAUUUUGGGCAGAUUAUAAUAAUUAUAUUACUAUAAAAUUAAAAUAUCUAUAAAUACCUGAAAAAUGGCUAAAUGUUUUUAAAAUUUUACUGGAUAUGUAUUAAAAAGACAAAUAUAAGUUUUCUGUCUAAACUUUAAGUCUACAAAUAUUUUUUACUGAAUCAAAACAAAAAAUUAAAAACAUAAUUUAUUUUCUAAAUUUUCCUGUUUUUCCUAUUUAUUAUGAAAAUCCCUUGGGAAAAUAAAGAAAUUCAGAAUAAGUGCUACACUUCUAAAACGGAGCAAAAUUUCUGGUAGAAAAGUUCUUCGUAGAUGAAAUGAAAAAACAUUUUUCUGGACAUCAUCUUGGUCGGUAAUCAAAUGAGCAAAUGAAAAAUAAAAUGAACACGUGUGACGUAAAAGCACAAAAACUCAUGUAAAAUUACUAUCAGUGGGGCCAUAACUUAAAUGGCGGGUAUCAACUAAAUCUGAGUGGCGGAGGAAUAUUUUCUUGGCGGGGGUCAACUAAACCAAUACCGAAAAAUGUAAAUAAUUCAUGAGUCAUGAGAAUGAAUUAAGAUAUAUGUUUAUAUAUUUAUAUACACGGUGAUUCACUAAGCCUGCUCACCCCGUUUUUUUGGUUAAAUUUUGCAUAUAUUAAAAUUCUUAUUUUUGGAAUUUUUAAGUGUAGGUAAAGUCGAUAUUUUCAAAUAUUUAGAUUUUUAAUAACAUUUAAGGUGUAUCCUGUGAUGAUAACAAAUUCGGUUUUUCAUAUGAGAACCUAUAUUAACAAUUUCAUAAAUAAAUUGAGUAUUGCUUUAGAUUAAUUUUGGUUUCAACAUUUUUGAUUUCCAUUUACCCGUUAACGAGAUAUUACACUUUUAUGUUUAAGUAGGGGAGAGUAGUGGAGUAUCAUUUAUGUGGUGGUACGACACAUGGCGUUGUGAAAAAUCUAAGUAUUCGAAAAUAUUAGCUUUAACGACAAUUAAAAAUUCUAAAAACCUGAAUUUGAAUAUUGUGAAACUUCUAUUAAUGGACACUUCUCAAUAUUGUCCCCUUUCCAAUAGUACACUUUUAAAUUCUCUAACAUUAAUUUUUAGUCAAAAUCUAAAACUAAUCUUUAGGGGAGAUUAAUAGAACCCCCUACCUAAACUUAAAAGUUUAAUAUCUCGUUACCGGAUAAAUGGAAAUCAAAAAUGUUGUCACCAAAAUCUAUCUAAACUGAAAUUGGUAUCACCUCAGGAUAUUCCUUAAAUGUUAUGAUAAAGUAUUUGAAAAUAUCGACUUUACCUACACUUAAAAAUUCCAAAAAUAAGAAUUUAAAUUUCUGCAAAAUUUAACCAAAAAAAUGGGGUGAGCAGGCUUUGGGAAUUACCUUGUAUAUGUAUACAUAUAUUUUAAUUUGUGGUCAUAAGUCAUGACUAAUGGUAUUUAAAGCAAAAAUGUUUUUGUGUUAAAGCAGUUUUGCUCUUUUUAUGUGCAUUGGACCUUAAACUGUUUUAAGAAACAAUUCCAUAAAAUAUUUAACUUUAAUUUCUAGGGUUAUACACCUAUACAAUUAUACUUUUAUUAAAAUAGUAUUUUUAUUUUGUUUAGAAGCCAUCUAAAAUAUUGAUAUUUUCAUUUGUUUUUUUUUCUUUAACAUACAUUGAAUAAAAUAAGACAGUAUAAUACCAGAUUAGAAAAAUAUAUGUAUCUAGUUUCUUUUUCAGUUUUAAAGGCCAUUGAAGCCCAUUACUUUAACAUAAACUUGAUCCACCUGUAUAUCCUGUGUUAUUUUUUUUCAUCUCGUAUUCCUAUAAUGAUAGCAAAUGUGCUAGAUUCUUUUCCACUUAAUCUAUCCACCUUUGUUUUAGUCUACCUAGUAGUAUUUUCCCCACAAUUUUUCAAUUUUAAAACCGGUUUCAUUAUACUAUUUGACCUCCAUAUGUGUCUGACCCAUGUGAUUCUUCUAUAUUUUAAUACUGUUACUAUAUUUAGUUCUUUAUAUAACUGUUGUAUUUCUAUAUUAUUUCUUAUUUAUAAUUUUUAUUAUGUAUCUAGUUAUGUAUACUAUAAAUUAUAGCAUACAAAUAGUUUAUAUACCUUUAAUUAAUAGUAUUAUAAUUCUCAGAUUAAUUUUAAUGUAUAUUAAAUUAUAUAUAUAUAUUUUUUUUUUAGAUGAUCCUUGAUGCAGUUAUCUUGAUGCAUUGUUUGUUUAUGUAUUUAUUUAUUUUAUGAUAUAACAAUUGAUAUUGUCUUCUUAACUUAUAUUUGUAAAUUGUUUAUUACCUUAAAAAUAUAAUUUUAAUGGUUAUUAUACAU